AUGGCUUCUCUGACCAAUGAAGCAGCAGUCAGUUCUUCAUCUUCUUCUCUCCCACGUUCUUCUACCAAUCACCAAAAUCAUUACACAUACGAGGUGUUCCUGAGUUUUCGAGGUGGGGAUACGCGCUUUAAUUUUACAGAUCAUUUGCACACGGCUUUGUGUCAGAAGGGAAUUGAGACAUUUAGAGAUGAUAAGCUUAGCAGAGGAGACGACAUACCACAAGAGCUCCUCAAAGCAAUUGUGGAGUCCAAAGUUUCUAUCAUCGUCUUCUCUCAAAACUAUGCUUCGUCGAGGUGGUGCUUAGAUGAACUAGUCAAGAUACUUGAAUGCAGAAAAUUAAAAGGACAAGAGGUUAGAGCAGUUUUCUACAAGGUGGAGCCCUCAGAUGUACUACACCAAAGAGGCCCCUUCGGUGACGCAUUUGCUAUGCUUGAUCAAAGCAAAUACAAGGAUAACAUAGGCAAAUAG